GCCAUUGAAAGAACACAAGCCAACAUCUCCGGGUCGUCGCAACAAUGUUGUCGACGAUUUUUCGGACAUUACCAAGAAGAAGCCCGAGAAGUCGUUGCUUGCACCGUUGGUCAAAAAGGCCGGGCGCAACAACACGGGCCGGAUCACGGUUCGUCGUCGAGGUGGUGGACACAAGCGUCGAUACCGGAUGGUCGAUUUCAAACGCGCCCGAGUGGCGAGGCCGAGGUUAUGGCGAUCGAGUACGAUCCCAACCGCAGCGCCCGAAUCGCGCUUAUCCAAUAUGAAGAUGGCCAAAAGUCGUACAUCGUUGCACCUCAGGGAUUGACGGUUGGCCGCAAGGUCGAGUCGGGCUCCGAGGUUCCCGAUUUGCCGGGCAACACGAAGCCGUUGAUGGACAUUCCUCAAGGAACCAUGGUUCACAACAUCGAGAUGACGCCUGGCAGCGGUGGCCAACUCGCCAAAGGUGCGGGCACCGGCGCACAGGUUAUGGCUCACGAAGGUUCGUUCAUCUUGGUGCGCUUGCCGUCCGGCGAAAUGCGCCAGGUCCGACAAGAGUGUAGGGCGACCAUCGGGGUUGUUUCUAACCCGGACCACAAAAACAUCAAGCUUGGCAAGGCUGGACGUUCCCGGCACCGCGGCAGACGACCGCAUGUCCGCGGUACAGCGAUGUCUCCGGACGCGCACCCGCACGGCGGUGGCGAGGGUCGAUCAGGCAUCGGAUUCUCGAAUCCGAAGUCGCCUUGGGGCAAGCCCACGCUGGGUUACAAGACGCGCCGCAACAAGCGCACUGACAAAUUCAUCCGACGAAGGCGUGACCAACGCUGA